AUGAGAUAUUUUCGGAGUUCUUUAAGUGUUUUCUUUUUAAUCAAUAUUUAUUGCGAACCAAUUUUUUGCUGGUUAUGGUUUCCUACAAAUAGUGCUUAUGGUAUUUUUGCAGCAAUUGCAGUUCCUUUGGAAUUACCGCAUCGAAAUGUUUUCGUUUCGUAUAAUUUUGAAGCAAAUUAUAAUUUACCAUACACAUGGGAUCUGCCUCCGUAUGCAACAAAUGUAGAGGAAGAAGAUUUAGAAGCGCGUAACAUAAAAGUAGAGGAUUGCAAUAAUUGUACUCAAUCUGAAAAUGACUCAUCAACUUCAACACCGUCUACAAUUCCAGAGACCAAUAAAAAUAAUACAGAAAAUGCAGAGAAAAGAGAAAUUAGAUCGUUAAUAACACGGAAACAUUUUUAUCAUAUCUUAAAGGAUAAAUUCGAAAUGCAUGGCUAUAAUGGAGAGGCAUGUUUAUUGCGUUUGAUAUGUGAAACGAAUGCUUCUCAUCUUGGACAGAUUAAUGGAGUCCUAGGCAGUCUAAUACACAUUAUUUUUACACCUACAACAUCUAUGAGCGAGCAGUUACCUUUGUCGUAUUAUCAAGCCGAAGUAGAUGGUACAUAUGAACAAUGUGAUUAUUAUGAAGACGCUUGCAAAGAUAACCUACUCGAUUUAAUAUCUUCACCAUUGAUUCAAAUUAUGAAUAAAAUAAUCAUGCUUAGUUCAGCAUUAAAAGUUGUGAAAUUUGCCAUGGAUAGUUCAAUUAACGUUUUUACACCAAUUGAAAUGAACGUUAUAAGAUUAUUAAUAAUCCUUUAUGUUCUUAUUGAAGUGAUUGAAGCUUAUAAGGAACCAUGUCCUUACGGAGUAGAAGAUGUGUUUAAUGAUCUUAAAACUUGUUGCAAUGUAAAUUUUAUGAACAUAAGUGGAAUCGCACCAAACUGUGAGAAUUACACUUUGUCAAAUAUAUUUCCCAAUUCGGAAAAAGAUGGACAUUACAACUAUGCUAAUCCGUGUUUCAUUGAAUGUAUGUUAAAGGAGUAUAAUGUCUUGGAUGAGGAGCAUCUGUACGUGGAUAAACUUGAAAGUUUCUUAAGAAAAUUAUACGAUGCAGAUCAAAACGAUAUUAUAGAUUUGGCAUUUGCUGGAAUUAAAGAUUGUGCUACAAAUGUACAUAAUAAAAUCAAAAUUGGGCAACGUCAUGGUUAUAUAUUAAAUACACCAAACUUUCAUCCGCGUGCUGGCCUUACUUGCUCCUGGGUACCAAUAACAAUGGUACUCUGCACACAUAGAAAAAUAUUUCAGAAAUGCCCUAAGAGACAUUGGAACAAUAGCAAAAAUUGUUUAAAAAAAAAAGAAUUCUACGGUCGAUGCUAUGACACAGCUAAUAAGGGUACAUCAAGUGGUCUGAAGCUUGUUAGCAAUAAAGAAUUUUAA